UUGAUGGAUUAGUGCCUGUGAUUGUUCAGUUAAAUUCAGCUAAAUAAAUACAAUAUAUAUGCACUUUGGCCAGGAAAUCAAAUAUUCUGAAAUUACACUGAUCUCUUAAGGGACAAGGAAACGCAAAGCAAAAGUGACACUCGAGGCAAGUGAAACUCUUCUACCAACUGAAGAGGUGUUAAAGACACCAUGUACACAAUGCGAGGGGAAGUGUUUUCAAUGCCUUACCUCCUGCUUUUGGCCACACUCUUUGGCCUGGCCAGGACCUCGCCUUACACUAGCUAUCAAAAUCAACGUUUUGCCAUGGAGCCACAGGAUCAAACCGCAGUGGUUGGUGCCAGGGUCACAUUACCCUGUCGUGUGAUUAACAAACAGGGAACUUUACAAUGGACCAAAGAUGACUUUGGAUUGGGCACAUCCCGUGAUUUGAGUGGUUUUGAACGUUAUGCCAUGGUGGGCAGUGAUGAGGAAGGUGACUACUCACUGGACAUAUAUCCGGUGAUGUUGGAUGACGAUGCCAGGUAUCAGUGUCAAGUGAGUCCUGGUCCCGAGGGUCAACCGGCUAUAAGAUCCACAUUUGCUGGUUUGACAGUCCUGGUGCCACCGGAGUCACCAAAGAUAACCCAGGGAGAUGUGAUUUAUGCCACCGAAGAUCGUAAAGUGGAAAUUGAAUGCAUUUCCGUGGGAGGAAAACCAGCUGCUGAGAUUACCUGGAUCGAUGGUUUGGGCAAUGUGCUAACGGAUAACAUUGAGUAUUCGGUAAUACCGCUGCCAGAUCUGCGGCGUUAUACGGCAAAAUCUGUACUCCGAUUGACCCCCAAAAAGGAGCACCACAACACGAAUUUUACGUGCCAGGCGCAGAAUACGGCGGACCGCACCUAUCGUUCGGCCAGGAUACGUGUUGAGGUUAAAUACGCGCCCAAGGUGAAGGUGAAUGUGAUGGGAACACUACCAAAUGGUGCAAAUACCGCUGGCAAUGGUCUGGUCGGGGGUUCCCCAACAUCCCCAAGUGGAUCUCGGAUUGUGGAGCAUUCACAGGUGCGUUUGGAGUGCCGAGCCGAUGCGAAUCCCAGCGAUGUCCGGUACCGGUGGUUCAUCAACGAUGAACCAAUCAUUGGCGGCCAGAAGACAGAGAUGGUAAUACGUAAUGUAACGCGCAAGUUUCAUGAUGCAAUUGUCAAGUGUGAAGUACAGAAUUCCGUGGGCAAGAGUGAGGAUAGUGAGACUUUGGACAUAAGCUAUGCUCCCAGCUUCCGGCAACGUCCUCAGUCCUUGGAGGCAGACAUUGGCAGUGUGGUUUCCCUUAGCUGUGAGGUGGAUAGUAAUCCUCAACCGGAGAUUGUAUGGAUUCAGCAUCCCAGUGAUCGAGUUGUGGGCACCAGCACUAAUCUUACCUUUAGUGUUAGCAAUGAGACCGCCGGCAGGUAUUAUUGUAAGGCUAAUGUUCCCGGUUAUGCGGAAAUAUCGGCGGAUGCAUAUGUUUACCUGAAGGGAUCUCCGGCGAUUAGUUCACAGAGAUCGCAAUAUGGUUUGGUAGGUGACACAGCAAGGAUUGAGUGCUUUGCCAGUAGUGUGCCACGUGCCCGGCAUGUUUCCUGGACAUUUAAUGGUCAGGAAAUAAGCUCAGAAUCAGGACAUGAUUACUCUAUCCUUGUGGAUGCUGUGCCAGGAGGUGUGAAGAGCACUCUGAUCAUAAGGGAUAGUCAGGCGUAUCAUUAUGGAAAGUACAACUGUACGGUGGUCAAUGAUUAUGGCAAUGAUGUGGCAGAGAUUCAACUGCAGGCAAAGAAGAGUGUUUCCCUUCUGAUGACCAUCGUAGGCGGCAUUUCAGUGGUGGCUUUCCUGCUCGUCCUUACCAUCCUCAUUGUGGUCUACAUCAAAUGCCGAAGGAGUACCAAGUUACCCCAGGCGGAUGUCAUUAGCGAACAUCAAAUCACCAAAAAUGGUGGAGUAAGCUGCAAAUUGGAGCCCGGUGAUCGCACUUCCAAUUACAGUGACCUCAAGGUGGAUAUAUCCGGUGGAUAUGUACCCUAUGGCGACUAUAGUACCCAUUAUAGUCCACCACCUCAGUAUUUGACCACUUGCUCCACCAAAUCCAAUGGCAGCUCCACAAUCCUACAGAAUAACCAUCAGAAUCAAUUGCAAUUGCAACAGCAACAGCAGAGUAGCCAUCAGCAGAGUCAACAUCAGCAUCAUCAUCAGACUUCCAAUACGCAAACCUUGCCCAUGACUUUCCUUACCAAUAGCAGUGGUGGCAGUCUAACCGGUAGCAUUAUUGGUUCCCGGGAAAUUCGGCAGGAUAAUGGUCUGCCAAGUUUGCAAUCCACCACAGCUUCGGUGGUGAGUUCCUCGCCGAAUGGCAGUUGCUCGAAUCAGAGCACCACCACAGCCACCACCACACAUGUGGUGGUACCUAGCUCCAUGGCCUUGAGUGUGGAUCCACGGUAUAGUGCCAUUUAUGGUAAUCCUUAUUUGAGGUCCUCGAACUCUUCGCUACUGCCGCCGCCCACUGCUGUCUAAGGAGUAAGGGGAGUAGGAAGUCCUCCCCCUUUAACUGGCUACUCUAAGACUGAUCUCAAAGGACUCGAGCCAGGAUCUAGAAGGGGGGAGGAGGGAUAUAGUGACGGCAUUAUCUUUCAGCUACCAAAAAAUCGAAUUCAAAUCGCUUAGGCUUGUAAGGACAUCUAAGGACUAAUGGCUCACACAUGUAGCCAUAGCAACGAUUUCAAUUUCAAAAUGAAAUAUAUAUUCAUCUUAGAGCAGGGUUAUCCUUGGGCAUCCCUGACUUAGUCUCUAGCUUUACCAGGAUAUGUUUUUUUUUUCUUAGUAUUAAUUUCUUAAGUUAUAUAGGGUAACUUAGAGCGUAGUGUGCGAUCUAGAGAGAGACUAAGCUUCAAAGAAUGAGAGUUAAGCAUUUACAAGAAAUAUAAAUAUAUAUAGAGAUAUAGGGCUGCUCGUAAGUAAAUGCCUUAAAGCAGUAG